AUAGCAUCGCGCUAGCAUCGCGCCCUCCCCUCCAUUGCUCAUCACCUCAACUUGCCUCGUCUUUGUUUUCUUUCCAGUCUGGCUACUGUACCUUCUCUGUUAUUUUCCAAACAAUUGUCAUGGACAGACAGGUUAUUCUACCACCUCGGACAGCUAUACAGCCAAAUUCUCGAUCUCCUCCUCCAACUCCAGAGGUAACUCGAAGAAUCGCAAGUUGGGCCCUCCUCUCAUUAUCGCAAAUCUAACAGAGGACAGGAAGAGAAUAGACUCAAAGCCAAAGCUAUUCGUGAGCGUCAUCUUGCUGAAGAAGCUGCCUCCCAAUCUGCAUCUUCUGGAAAUACUUCUGCUGCCACUAGUCAGAAACGCAAUCAUGCCUUGAUCUCCUCUGAUAACCCCUCAACUGGUCGUGAUCUCAGAACCCACCGCGAUGCGCGAGAUGCCCACGAUGUUAUACUGCCUGCUCGGAAGUUCAAGAAAUAUGUCGACCACGACUUUAGCAAGAUGACAGACACUAAGGGUGGUUUCUUGAAUGCUGACGAUGAUCCAUUCAACAAGGCUAUGCAUGCGUCUAGUAACAAGGAGGAGAAGCCUGCGCAUAUGACUUUAAAAGAGUGGGAACGACACCAGUUGCUUAAGAAUCUACGGAGAAGAAAAGAAGGGCCUUUUGAGCCUGGCUUGGGACUUGGUGCGCGGGAGCAGGGCAAGAAGUGCUCAGAUUGUGGAAGCCUUGAGAUUGACUGGACCUGGGACGAGGUGUUUGGUGUACAAGUCUGUGCGAGAUGCAAGGAAAAGAAUGACCAGAAGUACAGUCUUCUAACCAAGACUGAGUGCAAGACGGAUUAUAUGUUAACGGAGCCUGAACUUAAUGACAAUGAGCUUCUCCCUCGUCUUUUGAAACCAAAUCCUCACAAAGCUCAUUGGCACGACAUGAGCCUCUUCUUACGAUUUCAAGUCGAAGCAUAUGCUAUCAAGACGAAAUGGGGAUCUGCUGAAGCUAUGGAUGCCGAGUUUGAUAGAAGACAAGCUGGGAAGCAAAUACAGAGAGGUAAGAAGUUUAAGAAGGGCUUAGUUGAGCUUGAGAAGAAGACAAGAGGAGAGUCUAUGUUGAGAAGGAAGAGAGAGAAGAACAAGGAAGCAAAGUUUGGCGAUCAGAUAGAUGACAGUAAGCACGUCCAUACGUUUGGCAUUGGUCUUGAAGGCUCGGAUGGUGCAACUAUUAGGGCUUGUAUAGAGUGUGGCCAUGAGAUCGAAGAGCUUAUCAUGUGAAAGGUGGAGAGGACAAAACCUAUGGUUUUUUAGAUAUUGAAUUGAACUUUGGAAC